GAAAGGAGGGGGCGAGCGGUGGCAAGUAGCGGUCGUGUGAGGGGCGGCGGGGAGGGCUCGUUCGUUCGCCGCAGCCCUGCUGCAGCUCUGCCGGAGGGCGGCUCCGGAACCGCAUCCCCCGCGGAGGCGCUGCCAGGCGGCCCCCACCUGUGGGCACGAAUAUAUGUGAAAUUCAAACGCAAGAUGGGUCAGAGGAGGAGCUCUAGUGGGCGGCCAUUCCCGUUGCUGCUGCUAAUUAUUGUUGUGGCCUUUGUUCAUUUAACUGUCUGUCCUUUUACAAAAGUGGAGGAAAGCUUUAACCUACAAGCUAUCCAUGAUGUGGUGUACCACCAGCUGGACUUGGAUAAGUAUGACCAUCAUGAAUUUCCUGGAGUUGUCCCAAGAACGUUUCUUGGACCAAUUUUUAUUGCUGCUCUUUCCAGCCCAGCUAUAUAUAUACUCUCUAUGCUAAGAAUGUCAAAGUUUUACUCCCAGCUGAUAGUCCGAGGAAGCUUGGGACUCAGUGUGAUUUACGCAUUAUGGAAGUUGCAGAAAGAAGUUAGAAAGCAGUUUGGAGCAACUACAUCAACAGUCUUUUGUCUCAUCACUGUUACUCAGUUUCAUUUGAUGUUUUACUGUACACGAACCCUCCCUAAUGUGUUCGCACUUCCUUUUGUGCUCCUGGCAUUGACGUUUUGGAUACAGCAAAAGCAAAGGCCAUUCAUUUGGUUCUCGGCUUUGGCAAUUAUAGUCUUCAGAUCAGAGCUCUGCAUAUUCUUAGGCCUCAUGCUCCUGGUGACGUUAUUAACUAAACGAAUCUCCAUUUUCAAAGUUCUUUCCCAUGCUGUUCCUGCUGGAAUUUUUUGUCUGGGGCUAACAGUUGCUGUGGAUUCUCUAUUUUGGAGGCAACUUGUGUGGCCUGAGGGGAAAGUGCUCUGGUAUAACACAGUUUUAAACAAAAGUUCCAACUGGGGAACCUCCCCCUUCUUGUGGUAUUUCUAUUCAGCCCUGCCUCGUGCUUUGGGAUGCAGCAUUAUAUUUGUACCUUUAGGUGUAGCAGAAAAGAGAACUCGGAUAUUACUCUUGCCAGCACUGGGCUUUAUUUUCUUGUAUUCAUUUCUCCCGCACAAAGAGCUGCGUUUUAUCAUAUAUACUUUCCCUGUCUUCAACAUAGUGGCUGCUAAAAUGUGCUCACGAAUUCUGAAUAACUACCGGAAGUCCUGGCUGUACAAACUUGGAUCUUUCUUUGUUGUUAUGCAUCUCCUAGUUAAUGCUGCUUAUUCAGGAACAUCUUUGUAUGUUUCACAUUUCAAUUACCCUGGAGGUGUGGCAAUUCAGAAGUUGCAUGAGUUGGUGCCUUCAACAGCAGACGUCUCAGUCCAUAUUGAUGUGGCUGCAGCACAAACAGGAGUUUCUCGGUUUCUAGAAAUCAAUUCAGAUUGGAGGUAUGACAAAAGAGAAGAUGUGAAACCAGGAGACCAGCUGAUGUUUUCUUACACACACAUACUAAUGGAAACAAACCCUCUUCAAAUAUCACAUUACAAGACAACCCACAGGCCGCUGGCAAAUAUACCUGGCAUCAGUAAAAUUGGGUUGAACUUUACUGCACUACCUCCUUUUACUUUAAACUUGAAACCAAAAUUAGUACUGUUGGAAAAACUUCCUCUAUCAUCUUGACUGUGAAUUUUAAGUACAUUUUUUGAUGUAAUUUUGCUGAUGACCGAAUAAGAUGCAGCAAAUUGUCAUUCCAGCACUGCAGUUCAGCUUCUGUGGAAAGGCACAGAAAAAUCUUUGUACCAGUUGGUAUUUAGCUCCGUCCUGUUUCUUACAUGAACAUUACAGUGCGUUCCUAGUCAGUAUAUACUCAAAUACUGAGUUGUAUUGUUAGAUACGUUUGAGAGAUGCUACCUACAAGUUUAGUAGUAUUAAGUAAAACCUGUCUACUUGGUUUGGGUAGCUGCCUGUUUCAUAACGUAGCACAGGUAUGUCCUAAUUGUCCUAGAUAAGAUACAUAAUGGCACAGGUUUGUGCUACGGCAAUAAUUUGAUAUGUAAUCUAUGUGUGCAAAGAUAUAUUGAUGUAUCUGCAGGAUUGUAACCCCUCAUUGUCAGAUUGCCUGUGUGAAACUUAUGAUGCUGUCAACGUAGGAAAGCCAUAUUCGUUGUAGCUUCAUCAGAAUACCUAACUGUGCCCUGUAGGCUACCAAACUAAUUAAAGACUGACUUAAAACGCAGUUGGACCUUUUAACAAGCACUGUCUCAUAACAGAUUUGAGGAUGGUCAUCUUUAUUCCAAGAGCUCAUAAAGAAGCAGCAACUUGGUUUUCACAGGAAAAAGAACUAAAACUGAAGCUUCCCUCUUUUGCUGCAAUAUCUAGACUUGCAGUGCAAGAAUUUACCUAUGAAAAUACUCACUUGAAUACACAUCUAAAAGAUAGGUACUUUUUUUUUUUUUUUUUUUAAUUUUUAUUAAGUAGUCCCUUUGGAAAGGCAUAAUCUUAUGUGCUGUGUGUUGCAUUCUGUAAACUAGAAUAAAAUAGCAUGCUCUGUAGUAUCUUCUCUAUUA